GAGCACUUUCAUCGUCCAAUGCUCUCCUCGCUUCGCGCCGCAUUACGACAGUCCGGAGGCAUCCAUCGUAUAGGUGCGUCGGGAUCGUAUGUUCGAAGAGCAGCUUAUGCGACGCGCACGCGUUCAACUGAGCGGUACAAAUGGGUGCCAGUUGCGCUAGGUGCACUGACGCUCUCGGCUUCGCUGGCAUUCGCAAAUGUAGUCCGAUUAGACUCCGCUGAAGGUCUGAAGACAAAGCCUAGACAGAAUUUGAAGAAAGCCGAGCAGGCGGAAACACAAGAGCCGAAGCCAGAAGAACUACCACAGGUCAAAGAAGAUGAGGCCAGGUCCGACACCUCCCCCACUUCUCCCAAUACGGACUCUUUGGGUGAAUCCGAUAGUGAAAAUGGUAACGAAGCCGGCGGAGCAUUCAACCCCGAAACCGGCGAGAUUAAUUGGGACUGUCCAUGCCUCGGAGGGAUGGCACACGGACCAUGCGGUCAAGAAUUCCGAGACGCAUUCUCAUGUUUCGUCUACAGUCAGGACGAGCCAAAGGGAAUUAAUUGUGUCGAAUUAUUCAAAACUAUGCAGGAUUGUUUCAGGAAACACCCCGAGGUGUAUGGCGAAGAAAUUAUGGCAGAUGAUGGCGACGACGAUGAUCCGCGACCUUCACCCGACGGAACAGACUCUCCUGGUAUACAAGGCGAAGCUCUCCCGGAAGCGGACCCAGUCGCGACUCCUACUCCAGGGAUAGUUUCGCCAUCAUCAUGACAAAAGUGAAAAACACUGGCCAAAAGUCAGAAGGCUAGCAUAGAUACUUUUUACGUAUUUGGACGGUAAUAUUUGAUUCAUUCUUGCCAUCCAUAUGGGCUUGAUCAAAAGCACUACUCAGUAAUUUUUCCUCACUCCCUCACCUCACGUCUACACGUAGCAUUAUCCAUCCACACCUCUAAUGUAUUCUUUAUCUUCACGUACACAGGCAAAGCCAUGCCACCAUCCACUAUUAUUUCUCUCUUCCAUUCCGGUCUAUUUCUCGUUGCUGGUACCCUCCAUCCGCUGCGUUUCGCAAGUUUCUUCCUUAGCAACGCCAACUUAGCCUUUUGCCUUCUUGCUUGCAUCUGGGGAUUCCGCCUUUGAAACAGGACCUAGACGAACCAUCGGGCUAACUGGCAACAUGCAAAGAAACGAGAAUGACCCACUAGCCGUGGCACUAGGCGCUCCCUAUGUCUGUGGUGGAGCGCUGAACCCUUCGGCCCCUGAGUGGUGCAAUUCUCGUGGUGGUGCAUAUGGACGGACGUCUCAGGC